AACAAGAUUAUAGGUUAUGUAUGACGUAAAUACAAAAAUAUUGUCGUAAAGAGAAGUAAACUGUAAAUAAAUAAAAUGUUCAGAAAAUAAUUAUAAAAUAUGGAGGACAAUAUAGAAAUUGAUUUAACAGAUUUCGAGGAGAGUUCACCUCCAAAAAUAUCUAAAAAAAGUUCUGUGAAAAAUGAUAAAACAUCCGAGAUUGUUAAAAUAGACUUAACUGCUGAUAUUCCAAAUACUAAAGAACCUAAAAUUCCACAAAACGAUAUAGCCGAGGAAAUAUUGGGUGAAAAAUCCGAAUUUACUUGUUCUUUUAAAUCCGCUUUUAGCAAAUUGAAGCAAUCGGAAUUUUUCAGCACUGAUCUACCACAAAGUUCACAAAGUACACAAAAUGAAAUAACAACCGGAGUUCCUAAAAAUAAAGGUUCAAGUAGCUUGGACAAUUUACUUAUUAAUCCAAAACAGAGAGGAAAUCCAUUAAUGAAAUUCAUAACAAACACUCCCUGGGAAUAUUCGGAAAUUGUACCUGAUUAUGCAAUUGGACGAUCCACUUGUAUAUUGUUUCUAUCGAUAAGAUAUCAUCAAUUAAAUCCUGAUUACAUUCACGAUCGCCUUAAACAAUUAGGCAAAGCCUAUAAUUUAAGAGUUCUCUUAGUUCAGGUGGAUGUUGCAGAACCUCAUCAUUCUCUAAAACAUUUGACGAGGAUUUGCAUUCUUGCCGAUUUAACUUUAAUGCUAGCCUGGAAUGCGGAAGAUGCUGGAAGAAUCAUAGAAACGUACAAAAUAUACGAGAAAAAACCUCCGGACAUGAUUAUGGAAAAGAAUGAAACCGGUGUACAGCAAAGAUUAAUAAAUGCCCUGACGUCAAUACGAUCUGUAAACAAAACAGAUGCCAUGACUCUUUUAACGAAUUUUGGAUCAAUAUCUGAGAUAGUUAAAACAUCCGAUAAAGCUUUGGGACUUUGUCCUGGAAUUGGACCGCAAAAAGCAAAACGUAUUCACAAAACAAUUCACGAAACAUUUCUACGAAGCGAUACUUAAUUUAUUCAAAAUGUAAUAAAAUAUUUAUUUUUCUAUUGUUUGUACCGUAAUAAAAAUAUGAAAAACAUUUAUCCAGAAA